AUGUUGAAUCCAGUUAUAUUCAUUAAAGAUCCUAUAAAAUACGAUUAUUCACAAUUCAUUAUAUCUUUACUCCCGAAAUUCAUUAAUUGUAAUCGUAUUGAUUUAGUUAUACUUUGUCAAAUCACCGAAUCAAAUCAAUUGAAUGAAAUUUUAUGUUUUUAUUAUCAAUUAAUUCGUAAUCAUAAGAAUAAUGGAGAUACUGAUGGAGAUACCGACAGUUUACCUAUGUUUGAUUAUCGAUUUGAAAUUAAUAUAUUAUUUAAUUUAUCAACAAAAAAAUUGAAUCAAUUAUGUUUAAAUAAUUGGAAUCAUGGAUAUAUUGCGGAAGGUGAUAAUGAUAACAGUACUAACUUGUCAUCUUUGCCAUUGUCAAUAACACAAAUAUCAAACAUUGAAAUUCCAACAAUCCAAUCAAGAGCAAAUAGUAGUAGUGCUUAUAAUGAUGAGGAUGAUAAAAUUACUACUAGUCGGCAAUAUCAACAAUUUAAAACUACUGCUGUAGGUGGAACAUUUGAUCAUUUACAUGAUGGUCAUAAAAUUUUAUUAUCAAUGGCAAUUUUUUUAACUUCAAAUAAAUUAAUUAUUGGUAUAACUGGUUCUAAUUUAUUAAUUAAUAAAAAAUUUAAAUCUCAAUUACAAACUUUUAAUCAAAGACAAAAUUUAGUUAUUCAAUUCAUAAAUUUAUUAUUAUUGAGUGAAACCAGUGUUAUUUUUUUUGAAAUUUAUGAAAUUAAUGAUGUUUGUGGUCCAACUGGUUAUAUUAAUGAUAUUGAUAAUUUAAUAAUAUCUCAAGAAACUAAAUCUGGUGGUGAAUUUGUUAACAAAUUUCGUAAAGAUCAUGGAUUUAAAUUAUUAGAUAUUACAAUAAUUAAAGUGAUUGGUGGGAAUGUUGAAGAAAAUUCAUGGAAAGGUAAAUUAAGUUCAACUGAUAUUAGAGAACAAGAAUAUAAUCGAUUAUUAAAUCAAUAA